AUGCCACCACGAGCACGCGGUGCCCAGCGAGGUGCAGAUACAAUUCGUAUACUGGUCGCUACAGAUAGCCAUGUUGGGUACAACGAGCGCGAUGCCGUGCGAAAAGAUGAUAGUUGGAGGACUUUCCACGAAGUCAUGUGCCUGGCCAAGGAGCACGAUGUGGAUAUGGUACUGCACGCUGGGGACUUAUUCCAUGAGAACAAACCGUCACGGAAAUCCAUGUUCCAGGUGAUGCGUUCGUUGCGCAUGAACUGCCUCGGAGAAAAGCCAUGCGAGCUGGAGAUGUUGAGCGAUGCGAGCGAGAACUUCGGUGGCAUGUUCGACCAUGUCAACUAUGAAGACGAAGACAUCAAUAUUGCGAUACCAGUCUUUGCCAUUCAUGGCAACCACGACGAUCCUUCGGGUGAGGGUUCCUACUCUCCACUUGAUCUACUGCAAGCGUCUGGAUUUGUGAACUACUUUGGGCGUACGCCGGAAGUGGAUAACAUAGCCGUCAAGCCAGUACUGCUCCAAAAAGGCCGUACCAAGCUUGCGUUGUACGGCCUGAGCAAUGUGCGAGAUGAGCGCUUGUUCCACACAUGGCGAGAGGGCAACGUCAAGUUCUUCCAGCCCGGUACGCAAAAAGAUGAAUGGUUCAAUCUCAUGAGCGUUCAUCAGAACCACCAUGCGCAUACACCAACCAGCUAUCUGCCAGAAAAUUUCCUUCCCGAGUUCAUGGAUCUUGUGGUAUGGGGUCAUGAGCAUGAGUGCCUAAUAGAUCCGCGGUACAACCCUGAAAUGGGCUUUCAUGUCAUGCAACCAGGCUCGUCAGUCGCGACAUCUCUGAUGCCGGGCGAAGCUGUGCCCAAACAUGUGUGUAUCCUAAGCGUCACUGGUAAGGAGUUUACCACUGAGAACAUCCGCCUAAAAACAGUGCGGCCUUUUAUCAUGAAAGAGAUUGUUCUGGCGGAAGAAAGGGAGAUCAAGCAGAAGGAACUCUGGCGUGUCAGCGACAACCGUGCAAAGAUUACACAAUAUCUAAAUCAAGUCAUCGAAGACCUCAUUGACGAAGCGAAACGAGAAUGGCUCGAACUUCAGACAGAUCGUGAAGAAGGCGACGAUAUCGAAGUUCCGCUGCCCCUUGUUCGACUGCGCGUUGAAUACACCGCUCCAUCGCCUGGCGAAUUCCAUUGUGAGAAUCCACAGCGAAUCUCAAAUCGCUUCAUGAAGAAGGUAGCGAAUAUCAAUGAUGUAGUUCAGUUUCAUCGGAAGAAGAAACCAACAACCAGAACCUUGAAGAAUGCCAUCGAGGAACCAGACGAACAGGCCCUGGCUGAGCUCUCAAUUGACUCGAUAAAAGUCGACAAGCUAGUCAAGGAAUUCCUCACAGCGCAAACAUUGACAAUUCUGCCUCAAAACUCAUUCGGAGAUGCUGUAUCACAAUACGUCGAUAAAGACGACAAACACGCCAUGGAGACUUUUGUCAAAGAAAGUCUCACAACUCAGUUCAAGCAUCUUAUGGAUGCCAACGAAGUUGAGGAAGAAGAAAUCGUCAAGGAGAUGACAGAAUAUCGCGAGCAAUUAGAGGAUUUGUUUGCCUCGGGACAGCUGAAGAAGGUCCGUAAAUCCAAAAUCAAACCAAAGCCAGAUGGUUGGGACAGUGACUUCGAAGGUCCGUGGGUAGAUCAACCUGGUGCUCUUAUACGCUCAGAUAACGAGGAAGAGAAAGAAGAUGAAGAGGGCCUCGCCUCUAUACCGACGAAGAAGGCCGCCCCGCCUGGCCGCGCAAAAGCAACCGGUACAACUCGUCAGACAGCUAAAGCCACAAAAAAAGCAGCACCUGCUGCCAAAGGUGGCCGAGGCAAGAAGAAAGUAGUGGAGGAAGAGGAGGAAGAGGAAGAGGACGACAAUGAUGUUAUUAUGCUUGAUGACGACGACGACGAAGAAGACAGUGCAGAAGACUUGUUCGUAGCAUCGCAGAAGAAAGCUCCUGCGAAAAAGCCCGCUGCAAAGCCUACAAAAACCCCAGCACGAGCAAAGUCACCAGCUAAGAAGACACCUGCUACACGAGCCAAGGCGCCGGCCACUCAGACCAAGUUGAACUUUUCCCAAACACCAACACAGCGCAGUCAGAUAACACGACCUACUGCAUCGCGCAGAAAGCAGCCUGUACAGGAAGCUAGCGAUGAUGAGAUCGAGUCUGAUGACGCUUUCGAGUCGGCACCUCCUGCAAGCGUUCGUGCUACUCGCAGAAGAUAG